AGAUGAAGAAGUGGGGCAAGGGAGAGUACUGGGGUGUGUCCUCAGACUACGACCCGGAGUGGCUGCUGACGGAGAAGCAGAAGCAGCUCCGAGAUGACUUGAUAGAGCUGUGCAGGGUGAAGAUCAGACCUCAUGCAGUUCACUGUGAUAAGGAGUAUGUGUAUCCGCGCGAGUCCCUCAAUGCCAUGGCUGAGCUGGGGCUGCUGGGCCUCGUAGUGCCUGAGGAGAUGGGUGGACUCGGGGCGUCGCACACAUUUGCCACCAUCAUCGUUGAGACCUUAGCGCGUUAUGGCUGCCCGUCCACCGCCAUGAUCUACGUGAUGCAUCUUGGGGCCUGUGCCGUGCUUCUCUUAAGGCACCACAACAACCCAAAGAUAAAGGACCUGCUGUCGCGCCUCAACAAGGAGAAACUGGUUGGGACAUUGGCGUACUCUGACCCCGCCACAGGUGGACACUUCUGGUUUCCAAUGUCCUCCAAGGCAAAGACUGUGGACAAGGACAAUGUGAAGCUCCUCAAGUAUGGUUCAUGGGCCACCAGUGCUGGCCAUGCAGACUGGUAUGCCAUGCAGACUGUGAGCCCAGACUUCAGUGGGGACUACUCAGACCUCUCCGGCUUCCUCAUCUUCAAAGAGGAGAUUCGAGCCAACACUGACGACUGGCAGGCUCUUGGCAUGCACGGCAACAUGUCUGGUCCAUUAGUGAUCGAGGGAACAUUCAACCUGGACCGCAUGAUUGGGCCUCGUGGGGAUGGCCAGAGGAGUAAUGACGAGUGUGCAGACCCGUAUUUCCUGCUGUUGACAUCUGCCUUUGGGGGCAUCUCACUGGCCUGCAUAGAUGUGGCCAAGAAACAUGUCACACGCAAGGCUCACGCUGACAUGGGCAUGAGGGUGUGUGACUAUCCGACCAUCCAGGAUUACUUUGGCGAGACAAUGUGUGAUACUAACAGUGUACGAGGACUGAUGUACAUGGUUGCUGAUGCGCUGGACAGGGCCACCAACAACAAUGACUGGUCUCAGCACAAAGACUUGAAGUUUAUGCCAAGAGUUGAUUUCUUGCAAUGGCUGUGGCAGCUCAAAUUUUCUGCUGCAAAGGUGGUUGGCAAUGUGGCAGACAAGAUGUUACAUACUUGUGGAGGGACGGGAUACAAGACGGACCUCGGCAUUGAGCGCCUCCUGAGGGACAGCAAGGCUGGCUGGGUGAUGGGUCCCUCCAAUGAGGUGCUACGCCAGUUUGUUGGCAAGACAGUGCUAGAAAAUAUUUAUGUUGUUGACUACUGGGAGCAGCGGCCGAACCACAGAGCCGUGCACCAUGAGAUCAAGAAGAUGAGCCAUGCAGAGAAGAAGAAGCUGGCCAAGGAGCUGAUGGAGGAAGUGGAGCGGGAGGAUGCAGGAAUAGAGUUGAAGCAUCCCUUCCAGGACACAGACUUUGAGAACCCAUUCAACACAUGUCCACCGGCUGUUAAUGACAAGGUGAUAAAGACGUCCGAUGGCAAGAGCCACAGUCCUGGCCUGACGCCGGACACUUGGCGGCCUCUCACCCUCAAGUCCAACAUGCCUGUGAGUGACAAGAUGGCCUCCUUUGUGUUUGCACUGCCCAGUGACACUGAUCACACAGGAUGCCUGCCGGGACAGUAUGUUGCUGCAAAGUCUGUCAUCGACGGCAAGGAACACCUGCGAUACUUCUCCCCUGUGUCUCCCCCCGAUGAGUUUGGUGUCAUUGAGUUGGUGUUGAGGUUUGAGAACCAAGGCAUCAUGUCCCAACACUUCAAGGCACUCAAGCCAGGUGAUAAGGUGGAGUUCCAGGGUCCUUGUGGAGGGUUCGAAUACUUACCCAACCAGCUGCAGGAAAUGACACUGCUUGCUUCAGGUGGCGGGAUCACACCAGGCAUGCAGCUCAUCCGCUCCAUCCUCAAGGACCCAACUGACAAGACAAAGAUCAAGUUACUCUACUACUCUGAGAACUACAGCGAGAUCCUUUACCGAGAGGAGCUGGAUAAGUAUAGAAACCAGGACAGCCGGCUGCAGGUGGUGUACACGCUGGGCGAGGUGCCUGAGGAGUGGGAGGGUGAGGAGGGAUUCAUUGACACCAAUAUGAUCAACACUCACAUUACAAAACCUAAUGGCAUCAAUCACAAGAUUGUGAUGUGCGGUGGGCCAGCAAUGGUCCUGUCGUCCCUGUAUUCCCUCCGCACUCUCGGCUACCCCUCGGAGUGUGUGUUUGUGUAUGGCCAGUUUGGCACCGAACAGGUGAAGACGGUGUAUGGGAAGAACAUCAAGCUCUCCUCCCAUCGCUGUGACAACCUUGUGUAGUGCUGCUCACCUGAGGACAAUGUGAUGCAGUGAAAAGAAUGUCAGCCUGACCUGCUUGUUGUGGAUGCAGCAAAUCACUGUGCAUUGUGGCUGCCAAAAGGUUUAUUUGGAGUACACUUCAUGUGUCUCCCUUACAAAUUUAUUCAAUUAGCAAAUGCAGUUAGUUAACUUCAUUUCUUCACUGCUUGCUAUGUAGUUACUUUCUCUCCCAUUCAUUUAGCCCCUAUAUGUUUGUAACUUAUUUUAAGAUUAUUUCAGAUAAAGCAAAAUGGAGUUAUUUUUAUGCUAACUAGUUUACAACUAGUUUACCUCUAAUAUAAGUCAAGUAUGGAUGUUGUGCAAUUAUUCUAUAAACCACAUGUAACAAAAGCUUUAAACCCCAAAAUAAAAAUAUACAUAAAAAUAU